AACAUCGUGUUCCUCUUCUACGUCUGAUUCCAUCAUGAAGCUCCUCGCUGUAGUUCUCCUUCUGCUUCCACUCUCAGGCUGUCUGGCUGAAGUCGUGAAAGAUUUUACACAGAAUUGUCCACUUAACCGUCCACAAUUCUUCAUUACGGUAAAUAACACAGUAACUCCUCCCACCGUGUUUAGUGAUAAUAAUAAUAAGGAUCGCUAUAAACAGAUCUGUCAAACUCUAAAUAAUAAAGCUGAAUUUGCAACACUGUACGACACGGUGAACAAGAUCCCUGUUUACUCAGCAUACAGGUUUGAAGGAUAUGAGCAAUGUGAGAGAAAGUCGGGAGACUGGUACAUUGAGCCCCAGCUGGAUUAUCCACACCCGGGAAGAAGAAACAUGGAACUUGAAAGGAAUACUGAAAUACACCCGAAUCAAUCUCUGAAUGGAGAUUACAAAAUCUCUGGAUUCCACAGAGGGCACCUGGCUCCAGUUUACCAAGCCAACUCACAGAGCUGUGCUUUUGCCACCUUCACACUGACAAACGCUGCUCCUCAAAACCCAUCAUUCAACAGUGGGAAGUGGAGGGUGACAGAGAGGAACAUGGCUAAAAUACUGAUUCAAUAUUGCACAGGUCUACAAGUGUAUGUAAUAACUGGGGUCGUCCCGGGUACCACUACCAUGAAUAACAGAGUACGGGUUCCCAGUCACUUCUGGACGGCAUUCUGUUGCCUUAAUAAUAAUAAAGCUGUACACUCAAGCGGUUAUAUUGGAGAAAAUCGACAAGAUGCUAUAGUAGAGCGAAUGCGUGUGAACGACCUUGAACUAAAAUUAACAGAUCUGUAUACAAACCAACUUCCCCACACUCACAGAUUCAUUUUGUUUGGUGGAACGUGCUAUACAGAAAACCAGAAAAUAGUACAAGACAGAAGAAACCUUCGCCCCAUAAGAAGACACAGUAAGAAAAACCGUAAGUGUCAGAAAGGGUUAAGUAAGGUAAAAACGCGUAGGGAAAAGUAAAAAAAAUUAAACACCCUUACAUUUAAUCAUUUUAAGAAUUGUCUCCUGUAUGUUUCCAAUUCAGUCUGUCCAGUGUAUUAAUUAUGUGCACGUGUGUGCAUGCAUGUGUGUUUAUAUGAAAGACUCAGAACUCAGUAAUGUGUUAAUUGCUUUUUUUUUUCCCUUUUAAUCAGUUUUGAAUUUCUUGUGUUCAUGAAAAAAGUCAGUCAUUCAGUGGGACAAAACCUGUUCCGAAACCAAUUAAGUAAUAAUUAAUAUUUUGAUUAUGAUCAACUUUAUAAUUUUAAUCAACUCAGCAUAACAAAAUUUUUUUUUUUUAAUUCCACUUAAAAUGAUUUGAUAAAUUGUCCCCACUGAACCUAAAAAGGUCCUUGUCCAGAACAGGAGUUCACAUUUUCAAAUUGCUAAAAAACUGAUUAAAAUAUAUAAAAAAAUCACUUAUUGCCUAAAGUUUUUUGACUGAAUUUGCAAAAACAAACUCAUAGAUCAUAUGGCUCCCACAUAGAUUUAAAAAGUUCUAGCAUCAUGUGGAAUUUUUAUCAGCACCACCAGACAUUAACACCAUCAGGAACUUCAUGUGACGGUGGUGACAGUGUUACAUCAAAAGAAGGUUUUAUUUCAUUAUAUAUAUAUAUAUUUUUUUUGCUGCAAAACAUUAGUUUCUGUUAAUUCCCUGUUAAUAUUUAUUUACUGUUUUGUUUGAAAGCAUGAUUCAUUACUUUAAAAGGGACACAAACUUACACACACUAUAAGCAAUUUGUGAGAGAACUUCACUAACGGGUUUUAUACUAAUAACUGAAAUGUUUAUGAGAUUGGAGUAUUUUCCACACCCUGAGUUUAAAACAAACAAACAAACGAAAAACUAAUUUACAUCAAAUCACUUUUUUCACUUGAAUUAUUUAAUUUUAAAAGUUUGUUUUACUGCAAAUAUAUAUUGCAAAACUUCUUGUUAGCACAUGAUGCCAUAUUGCUGGUCAUUUGUCUCCCCUUUCCUUAUUAAUUACAAUAAAUAAUAUAAAAAUCUAAA